GACGCGUGAUCGACUGUACGCACUGUUGGCACGCUUGUGUGUAUACCUCGCCAUAACUGCAUUAACUGAAGCCAACGUUUAGACAAGAGGACUUGUUUUCGUCAGGGCAGCAACUUCUCUCCUCGUCGAAACCUUGGCUCCAGUGACACUUUUUGUUCUUAAAGCAUCCGUCUUCUUGUGAAUCUGUCUCUUGUUUGGAUCGCCAUAAAUGCGACUGUUUGCGUGCCAGAUAUUAAGGGGGCAGAAAGAAUGACAGCGUCUGCUUGGGGUUUAUUUAGUUGUUUAUCAGUAAGAAAUUAUUACACUGCAUACCGAAGACGCUAUAUAGGAACUCAAAAUACUAAGUUUAUGGAACAUUUUCUGUGCCGAAAUGGCGCGCAUACGAAGUACUUUAAUAUCUGUGACAUCAGACUGAUACAUCGGCGUUGAGGUACAGGCGGUACAUGUGCGAAAUUCAAAAUAACAGAACUUUUGUUCUUCACUUUUUCCAGUAAUAAUGGAACAUUUUUCCUCCAAAUAAAUGCAAAUAGUUUUCCAGGAGUACUUUACUAGUCCGAUCUAGUUUAGUAUAGUGAUUUAGUAUUCCUUUAAGCCGUGUCAUAAGUGGUGGUUACCAUCACCAUAUAUAGGGAGGAAGGGGAACAUCCUGGCGAGAAUUGUGCGCGCUGGGAAAUACUAGAAGUUGUGUCAUGGCUUGACGGCACCUCAACAUCGGUGCAUCCGUCCAGUUGAUCAUCCAACAGCACUAUACAUCCGGUCGACCACAUGGAGGUCCGUUUCUUCCAAAAGGUGCUCCAGUUAGGAGGCCGCAGUCCAAGAGUUUUCUCGUACGAUGAGAAACAUGGCAACGAUAUCCCGGAUCCGGUCGACUCGAUGUCGAUGCCGACUGCCUUGUCGUCGCCCGCACCGCCGUACGCCUCUUUGACGUCCCCCACCCAGUCCCUGCCGAAGCUCCAGGUGACCUCCUCUGGUCAGCCUAACCAAGCCAAUAAAGAGGAGACGCAGGAGGAAACACUAAAGUUACAACCUGCGGCCUCCGCCAGCGCGCAAGAGCUGCACCACUCAGCUCCACAGUCACCGGCCACCUGGACGAAGUUGAAAGGCAAUGACACUGUCCCUGUCGUCCCUGCCGCCGAAUGUGUCGUGUCCGAAACGAAGCCUGACAAUCAACUAGCAGCCGCGAAGACAUCGCCAGUUUCAGUUGACAAAGUUGCGCCGACCAGAGGGACUCCGCCGGUGGCGCCUCUGCCAGAAGCUGUACCGAGCGCGGCUACCACGGUUGCGGCACCGAACAACGCGUGCGGUACUCGCAAGCCGUGCGAGAAGGCUUCGUUGACGAGCACGCAUUCGGGUCCAGGAACGUCGAGGGCCUCCAGGCCGUCGGCAGCCAGCCUGGCCGUCCCCAAGAGGCGCCGAACAAGCGGUCACACAGGCGACUGCGUCCUGAUGUUCCUCUCCAAUGGCGCCUGCGUAGUCUGCGUCAUCGGGGCCGUGCUCGUGCUGCUCUUCAUCCUGCUCAGGCACACCGCUCACGAGUACAUCCAGAGUACCAACGCCAAUGUAGAAGAGUACUGCCACACGAAGGACUGCGAGCAGCACGCGCAGCUGAUUCUGUCUAAGGUGAACAUGAACGAGGACCCGUGCGAGGACCUGAACGCGUUCGCCUGCUCGUACUGGGAGCCCCAGGCCGACAGCUACAACUACGGCGCCGCGCUGGACGCCCAGGCGAUCCACGACUGGUUCGCCAACUUCAAGAAGUCACUGGACGAAGGCAGCGCCCACCUGAUGGCAGGCACCAAGGCGCUCGAUACGUUCAGGGCCUGCAUGCGGCAUCGCAUCACCGCCGAAGAGGCCGAGCGGGGCAAGCGUACGCUGCGCGAGUUCAUGUCCAAGCUGCGCAUCCCGUGGCCGGACGAGCCGAGCGCCGACGUGGAUCCGCUCGGCGUGCUCAUCGACCUGUCCUUUAGGUGGCAGCUGGGAAUGUGGUUUGAACUCCAGCCCUUGCAGCGCCAGCCACGCUCAGAGUCACCACCGCAGCCCAACUCUCCUAAAGACGGUGCCACGUCGAAAAGGUCCACCGAAAACACGAGCCGUUACCCGCUGCUCAUGUCGGUGGGACGGUCCGUCGGUUACUGGUCGGUGCACAAUAGCGAGAUAGUGCGAAGGCGCAACUACGCCAAGUCCUGGGCCACCUUCUACGAGGCGUUCGGCGCCGGCCGGCCCAACAAGAGCGACGCGUACGUCCAGCAAGUGGUCAUGGUCGGGCGCGACGUCCUCGAGGAGUUCCUGGGCGUCGUUAACAACGAGGACAAGGAACCCGCCCGAUUCGAGCUGGGCGACAUCGGUAACCACACGCCGAACCUACCGGCGCGCCGCUGGAUCGAGCAGCUGAACGCCAAUGCGGUGCCCGUCGUCGCGAGUGCUGCACACAACGACGCAGGGAAUCGCCGCGGUUACGCGUCGAGCGACACGAUCACAGUCGCGGACACGGCACUUCUCAGGGCAGUGAACAGGCUGUUCGGGGCGCACAACAGCACGAUGCUGCUGCGACACCUCUCCUGGUCCUUUAUACAGGUAUUCGGGGCCCUGGCCGACCGACGCCUGUUGGUGGCCAAGUACGGGGACAAUAUGAAGGCGUCUGUGCGCAGACACGUGUUCUGCGCCACCGAGCUCGAGAACGCGUACGGACCGCUGGUGCGCUCGCUGUACGUGUUCCCGCACUUCACGGCACGCAUGCGGUUCGCCAUCGACGACACGUUCGCCACCGUCACCAAGGAGGCCGCACACAAGGUGUCGGCUCUCGCGUGGGCCGACAGUGCCACGCGGCUGGCAGCCAUAACGAAGCUACACAACGCGCGAACCGCUCUCUGGCCGCCGGACUCGUUCCUGACCAACGAGGGGCUCAACGAGAUGUACGCCAACUUCACGACCAACCUGACGGUUGGCAAGUCUCUGUUCAUCGACUACUGGAUCAACGCCCAGAGGCAGCUGCGCGGGCUUUCCGACGAGCCCAGCCUGGGGGACGUGCUCAGCCUGCCGCGCAACUACGUGCUGCCGUACUUCGACUACGACUACCUGCAGAAUCGCGUGCUCGUCUCGGUGGCCGCUCUGCACGGCGCUCUCAGAAUGGUACAGGCCACGCCAGCCGUGCUCUAUGGCGGCCUUGGGUUCUCCUACGCCCGCCAGCUGCUGCGCGCCCUGUACAGCGGCGGACUCAAGAUCGACGCCGUGGGCAACAUCGUCCCGGACACGUGGGCUUCGCCGCGUUGGAUGCAAGUCAAGCGGGAAAGGGCAGCUUGCAUGGCACCGGCUUAUGACGGACCUUUCCCAGAGAUCCCAGCGCUCGAAGUGAGUCACGCGGCCUUCCAGCACCAGCUGGAGCUCAAAUCGGGGGACGCCGAGCAGGAUAACCGCCACAGGCGCAUCAUGAGCACUUUCACCGAGCAACAGGUGUUCUUCAUCACAGCCUGCUUCACGCUCUGCCGCCUGCCCAGGACAAUCAAAUCCUUUGGUGGUGACUGCAACAAGGCGGCCAUGCACUUUGAGCCCUACGCAGCUGCUUUCAAGUGCAAGCCGGGCUCCAAGCUGAAUCCACUGGUCAAGUGCCCCUAUUUCAACUGAAACAAGCAGCAGCAGUCAACUAGCAACUACAUCUGUGCACUAAAGUGCACAUAGUCUUCAAGUGCACCGGUCUGUGGAGGAUUGUUCAGCAAGCUCUUGCAACAGCAGUUUCCUAUCACAGCAUACAUUGAGUCUAAUUUUGUGUAAAACAUAAUAAUCUGCUAGUGCCUUGUGUACAUAUCACGUGUGUUUUAGAUGUACCAAUUCACGGUAUCCCAGAACAAGUGCAUGGGACAGAAAGCUUAGAGCUUCACUUUUCUUUAUUUCAUGAGAUAUUUCACUAUUACUAUGUUUAUGCUGGAGUUGACAUCUUGCAAAUCUGUGUUUAGCUGAAAACACUAAAGAAGAUAUAUUGCAAUGUGCGACUGUCUAGAUAUACUGACCAAUUUUGUAUAAUGCUGGUAGCUGUAUGUGAACAGAAGCUUCUGAAUAACAAAAAGCUUUUUUUUUUUUUUACGCUGGUGUCCAACUACAAGCAUUGAAUGAAAGUGGCUUGAAAUCGGGAGGUUUUCAGCAUUCUUCUGGCAUGCUCAUAAAGUGCUGAUUAAAUCUUAACAAUCAAUUUCA